UCCGAUGAUCCUGCUUCAUUCCAAUCUCUCAGGAAUAAGGUGGAUCAUAGGGUUCUCCGUGCUCUUACCGUCGAUCCGUGGGAGUUUAAACAAAUGACAGAAGUACAACAAAGAGUUUUGAGUCUCAUGCCUGAGUUAGCUGGGAGAUCUUUAGGUACUAAAGAAGCAGGACCGGAUAUGGAGGGGUUACAGAGUGAUUUACUGGUUAAGGCUCGUACGGGAACAGGAAAGACUGUUGCAUUCCUCGUUCCUGCUCUUGAAGCUCGACUCAACAGUUUGAGAGGACGAGAAGGAAGUAAGAUUUCGAAAGGUGUCGGAGUACUCAUCAUCUCUCCAACACGAGAGUUGGCUUCACAAAUUGCCAAAGACGCUAAGAGAGUCUCCCACUGGCAUCGUUCCAUCGAAGUCGUUCUCUUGACCGGUGGCGAAUCGAAACGGGACCAAUUGAAAGCUUUCAGGAAAGGUCGCGAUAUCGUCGUUGCUACCCCAGGUCGACUCAACGACUUGAUCGAAACAAAUGCACAAGUCAGAGAUUCCAUCGAGAAGACUGCCACUCUCAUUCUCGAUGAAGCGGACACUCUUCUGGAUAUGGGUUUCGCUAGGGAAUUGAAAUCAAUAGUCGAAAGCUUACCUCAAGAUCGUCAAACUUUCCUUUUCAGCGCCACUGUCAGUAAAGAAAUUCGAGGUAUUGCCAAAGAGUUCCUCAAACCGAAUCAUCACUUUAUCGAUUGUGUCCCAGCAAACGAAAGCAACGUGCAUCAUCACAUUCCCCAAUAUGCCAACGUUCUUCCCUCGGCCGCUGAGCAACUACCACAAGUUCUACGACUGAUCGCACAUGAUCAACUGAUCAACACCACCACUUCUUCCAAAAUAAUCGUCUUCCUCCCCACUACCAAAAUGACCAUGUUAUUUAGCACUCUUUUGCGUGAAUUAGCGAACAGUCUCCCAGUGCGACCUUUCGUCAGUGAAAUUCAUUCCGGUUUAUCCCAAGAUCGUCGAUCUCGCACUUCAGAAAGGUUCCGUAACGACAAGGGUCCUUCGAUUCUGGUCACUUCUGAUGUCUCAGCCCGAGGUGUUGACUAUCCCGGUGUAACGCGUGUCAUUCAGGUCGGCGUUCCUUCAUCGGGUGAACAGUACAUUCACAGAGUUGGAAGAACAGGUCGAGCUCAGGCAGAGGGCGGUAGGGGAGAUAUCAUCCUCAUGCCAUGGGAACAAGGUUUCCUUCGUGAACUUCAUCAAGUGCCAUUGAAGACGCAAACGGUCAAGGAUCUCGAGGAGGAAAAUCAACGAUUGGCAAAUUCGAGAAGUAUGGCAGAAAAAGUCGCCGCUCUCCCCAAUGCUGUUCAACAGCUUUUCCCAUCUUUGGAUCCUACUGCUUUGGAAGAAGUCUUCACCGCACAAUUGGGUUUCUACGUUGGUCGAACUAGAGAGCUCGGUCUUUCUCCCGAAGACAUACUGGAGGAGUUGAAAGAAUGGUCAGUCGGGGCUAUGGGUCUAGCCGAACCUCCUCACUUGUCAAGUGAUUUCCUGAGUAAAUUAGGUAUUGGUAGGGGUGGCGGCCGCGGUGGUCGUGGUGGGAGAUUCGUCGGGAGGCGGCCAAGUAGAACGAAAGAUGUUCAAUCCACGUGGCUCGAUACACACGUCAUCUACACACCCAAAUCGCUUUGCCGUCUCUGCCACCUCUGUUAG